UUCUUCCAGCUUAACACCAAAACGUCCCCAGCGACCAACCAGGCACCUGGCCCAGAGGAAAAGGGGAAAGCCGGGGAUGCCAAGAAGGCAGAGGAGGAGGAGGAGAUUGACAUCGACCUGACGGCGCCGGAGACGGAGAAGGCUGCCCUUGCCAUUCAGGGCAAGUUUCGGAGGUUCCAGAAGAGGAAAAAGGAGCCCAGCCCCUGAGAAACGAGCCUUGCCCUCCGCUCCUCUCCACAGCUCUGAUGCCCACGUGUCUGUGUCUCUGUCCCUCAGCCUCUCCUUAAGACUCGUUCGACCCUUGCGCAUUAUUUUCCAUGGCCCCCCUAAGCCAUCACAGCAGUAGAGGCACCGGGAACACAGGGGAGAUGAAGAAUUCGGCCAGUAGCUGCUCUCCAGCGGCUUCUCCUGGGGAUAAGCCUCCCUGGCCAGUACAUUCGCUGCCCAAUGAGGUCGAGGAGCAGGAGGCUUCGGGGCUGACAGGCGGACCUCUGACAGGGCAGGAGGGAGGCAACGCCUUCCGGAUAGGGUGCCCGAGGGUGGGGCAUACGCACUCUCUGCCCACCGCUCACGACAGUCACACUCUAGGGGACUGUUCCCCUUCACGUCCACCACCUUCCGUCCUCUGGGCGGAGCCACAGUGGGGGCUAGAGACUCCUGCCCCUGGCAGACCUAAAUUGAGUAGCUCCCAUGUUAGUGCAUGCUGAGCAGGGUAGUCAAGGAAGGGGCUGGGGCCAGUAGAGGCAGCGGGAACGCGCCUUCCUCACCCAGGCUCGGACUGGGAGGGGCAGAGGAGAAGAGGGUGAAGGGGCCACAGGCAGAGAAACGGGGGCUCUGGUAGAUUUGGGGAGGGGAGACGAGCGAAGAGGGGAGCGCUCUAAAGACACAAGUUACUGCUGGUGCAGAUGUGCUCUGCGAAGGGUUCCUGGGGCUUUGCCAACCCUUGUACCUCUAACCCCCACAGAGGCCGCACAAACCAGCGACCCCGUAGCUCCCGCCCGCCCCUGUGCACUCCAGACACCAGUGGAGCAGGCGCUCUGUAACUGUAGCAUGUUUCAUAUAUAUUAGCCCCUCGAGUGGGGUCAUUGAACCUCGA